AAGAACUUUCAUGUUUGAAGCGCUUAGCAGUCAUGAAAUGUCCUCAACUGUUGCAGUUGAUAGAUGAAGAUGAAGCGCUGCCCUCCAGCCUAGAGUAUAUUGAUAUAGAAGAUUGCAGUAACCUGAUGAAGCUUCCAAAUGGUAUUCAAAAUCUUAGAUCAUUGAAAGACUUGAGUAUUAAAUGGUGCCCUAAACUAUCGUCUUUUCCAAGUGGAAGUUUUCCGUAUAUGCUAAAAAAUCUGGUAAUCUUGGGAUGUGCCUCUUUACAGUCUUUACCUAGAGGACUGGUCCACAAUGGUAGCAAAGUCAUCACCAGAUGUCAUCUUGAAAACUUAGAGAUUCUGGGGUGUCCAUCUCUCAGAUUGUUUCCAACUGAUGAGUUACCAGCUGCUCUUAAGUACCUUGAGAUCUGGGAUUGCAAUUCUAUUCCAGAGAAGUUGCUGCAGAACAAUAAAUCACUUGAAUUCAUUCGUAUUGGAAACUGCAAAAUCUUGAAAACCUUACCUCGUUUCCUGUCCACCUUUGAACAUCUCACUGAGAUGCAUGUAAAUCAAUGCUCUUCCUUGGAGUACUUCCCAGACAGUGGGUUGCCCAUCCAUAACCUCAAAACAAUGUUAAUUGCUAACUGUGAUAAUCUCAAAUCCCUACCCAAUCGGAUGCAUGACCUCACAUCCCUACAAUAUCUUACAGUAUUUGGUUGUUCACGUAUAGAAACUUUUCCAGAGGAAGGUUUUCCCCCAAACCUGCUAUCUCUUUCUAUAUGGGGCUGCAAGCGAGUAAAGCUACGCUUUGCAAUGUGGCGCCUGCACAAGCUCACUUCUCUUAAAGACUUGAGUGUUGGCGAUUUUGAUAGAGAUAUGGUUUCCUUUCCAGAAGACUCUUCAAUUCCUCCAAAUCUAGUCCACCUUCGAGUCCAGAGUCUACCUGAGCUGAAAUUUCUAUCUGAGGGGCUCCUGGACCUAGUUUCUCUUGAAGCAUUAGAUGUUUGGAAUUGCCCUAAGCUCCGGUACUUGCCAAAAAAUGGCCUGCCUAUCACUCUCGGUGUACUUCGAAUUAGAAAUUGUCCUCUACUAGAAAAAGAAUGCCGAGGUGAGAAAGGUGCCUAUUGGCCAAUUAUAUCUCUCCUUCCUCACGUGAGGAUAAAUUAUGCUGACAUCUUGUGAACAAGCACAAGCAGAUUGCAUUCCUAGAUCGACAGCAAAGAAAAGAGCAUAGUGGCCAAUUCUUCCCCACCUUCACUAGUGAGGAUACAUUAUGUUGACACCUGUUGAACAAGCACAAGCAGAUUGCAUUCUAGAUGGACAGCAAAAACCAUCGGCUAAUUCCUCUUGUUCAAUUUGCUAACUCACAAGGAGCAUAUUGUAUGACAUUGUUGGCCUUUAGAAGACAAGGAAAGAUAGAAGGUUUACUUAAUGAACAUACUCAAGAAAACGUUUUCAUAAUAUUCUUUAAUUUUAUAUUUUGGGAUGUAUCUAAAAAUUGGGUUACCCUCUCCCUAUCAUAAGGUCACACUAAGCCUCUAGUAUUGUCACACCAUAACCUUCUUGUUAUGUCUUUGUUUCUCUCAGUUUGUAAUCAAGUGUAACAAUUAGUAACAUUUUACAUUACAGGCUUUGGAAAAUAUCACAUGCAUGAUCAAGCUGUUUGGUUAUAAAUUGCGGGUAUGAUCAUCUUUGCUCCUUAUGAAAUGGCUGACUGUUAUACUAGGAGAAAAUAUGCUAAGUGGUGUCGUAUAAUGUGCUGUUCUGAUGCAAAGGUGUCAUGUUCUUUGACUUAUCAUAUUUAUAUCGAUGCUUUUUCUACGGUUAGCAUACUUUCAGUAAAGAGUUGAGGUUCCAAUAUUCUGAAAAUUGGUGGUAUGGUCAUCCCGACCUACCCCAAACUAGUAUAAUAUUUCCCCCACAGAUGUUGUCUUUAUUAUUCAGUACAAUGUGAAGUCAAUUUUUAUAACUUACUAACCACCUAGGUAACAAUUUGAAGCAUGAUUUUGUGCUUUGUUAUUGGAUGCAGUUCAACUGUGUGAUCCUUGACAAAGGAACAAGUGGCUUCCAUUUGAAGAGCAUAGGUUGAGGGGGAUCAUCUUCCAAAGCAAUAAUAUUUGGAGGAAUCUAUAAAUCAUGAAACAAAUUCCUGUGAAAUUAUUUCCUUAUAUAGCCCACUCUACUAGCAUGCUGCCGAGUCGCAGAUAAUUUCAGUUCACAUAUAGUGAUAAUGCUUGAAGGUUCAAACUGCACUCUCUCUUGAGGAAAGCUAAGCUUCCCUUCUUGAUGUCAUUCAGGUGCACCAGUCGACAACAGAAUCUUUAACUUGAAGCAAGUUUUAAGAUAGCCUAAAAAAGGGUAAAGAUUGAGCCCCAACACUUGCAUAAGACACUAGUCACUAAGCAUGCUUACAAGAAAACAAAAUUCCGAUCUUCAACCACCAUGACAAAUAAAUGCGCAUUUUGUAUGUAAAAUUCUAAUGCAAAUUAUAUUAUGAAAUCCGAUCAUCGAGUGUGGUCAACUGAAACACACCUUGUCUCUGACUUUAAAUCUCUUUAGAAUAAACUAAAAAACAAAGAUAAAAUCAUCUCAGGAAAC